ACAGCAGUCCCUGCUGCUCCUCCCGGGGCACAGCAGUCCCUGCUGCUGCCAGGGCACAGCAGUCCCUGCUGCUCCCGGGGCACAGCAGUCCCUGCUCCUCCCGGGGCACAGCAGUCCCUGCUGCUCCAUGCUCCUGCACGAUGCCCUCCCGCCACCGGAGCUUCCGCUGCAGCGUGCCCUGGCUCGUGCUGCUGCUGCAGGCCCUGCUCCUGCUGCGCUCCUUGCUGGGCUUCCCGAGGGUCAGUGACACCUACUCCUCAUUCAGCUCCUCCUACCCGGUAUUUCAAGAUGUCACGCACAUGGUGAUUUUUGGGUUUGGCUUCUUCCUGAUGGUUCUGAGAAGAUAUGGCUUCAGCAGCACUGGGUUCAACUUCUUGCUCGUUGUUCUUGGUGUCCAGUGCUCCGUGCUGGCAGAAGAUUUAUUAGUUUUCCUUAAGGGAGAGCAAAAUGAAGUUGGUAUGGAAAGUCUAACAAAGGCUGUGAUGAGCACGACUGCUGUGGUCAUCUCCACUGGGGCUGUCCUGGGCAAGGCCAAUCCUGUGCAGCUAAUUGUGAUGACCCUGGUGGAAUUAAUCUUUUUCUACGUGAGCAGAUGCAUCAACGGGACAUUCCUGGAGGUCCCAGACUACCUCACCAUGAUGCACGUGUACCUCUUUGGAGCCUACUUUGGCCUGGCACUCGCCUCGCGCUUCCCUGAGCCUCCCCCAGGGCUGGACAAGAACAGGAGCACCCCAAAGUCAGAGCUGUUCUCAGUGCUGGGCACUGUGUUUGUCUGGGUGUUCUGGCCGAGCUUCAAUUCCAUCCUGGCUGACUCCAAGGAGAAGGCAGUGCUCAACACUUACUUGGCCCUCGCAGUGAGUGCUGUGGCUGCCUUCAUGUUGUCUGCCCUGACCUCCAAGGAUGGCAAAUUCAGAAUGUUUAAAGCUGCUGCCCCUUGUCCCAUCCCUGCAAGCCCUGUCAGGAGCCCCUGGUGUGUUUUGCAGGCCCACAUCCGCAGUGCAGUCCUGGCUGGAGGGGUGGCUGUCAGUUACUCAGCACAGGGCAUCCACCACCCUUGGAUUGCCAUGAUCCUGGGGCUGCUGGCCAGUGUCAUCACCAUCCUGGGAGCUCACUGUGUGCAGAGGUGCUUGAAUCCUGCUUUGAAGCUUCAGGAUACUUCUGGAGUUCAUUUCACUUUUGGUUUGCCUGCUGUGCUUGGAGCUGUGGCCACUGUUGUUCUCCGUGUUGUAGAAGAUGGGAUUGAGACACGAUGGAAUGAAUUAUCCAGUCUGGGUUACACUGCCUUUUUUAAUAUUGGUGCCUUCUGCCAGACCAUCAGCACUGCCUUGAUAACAGGAUUGAUUACAGGUUUGAUCUUAAACAUCAAACUGCUGAAAGCAGUGCACGUCUCCAAGUACUUUGAUGACCAGUUUUACUGGGAGUUUCCCCACUUGUCUGUUGGAUUUUGAGUGGAGGAUCCCAGCUGACAGCCAGGACCAAGCUAAGAUUUUCCUCUUUAUCACCAGAAAAACUGAACAGCUGUGAUGGGUUCAGAGAGCACUGAAAUAUCAAUUCUCAGGCCCACAAAAGUCACCCCAAUGGACACUCCAAAACCAAACUGUUCCAGUUCUUCUUGAAAGAUACAGAGUGUGAAUCCACAGGUGCAAACUUCAGGUGCAUUCAGCUUUUCUGCUUUGUUGGCCUUACCUUAAAUAUAUUUUAGAAGAUAUGUACAAAAAAGUUGUCUGCAUUCAUGGCUUAUCAAUCCAAAUGCUUGGAAACAUUAAACUAUUUUUAGCUCCUGAGUUUACAAGGCAAAA